AGGAUGAAAACUUUCUGACACUUGAUUCAUUUCAAUAAAAAGUUGACGCGCGUGGAAGUUUUCACAGGUGAAGACGCGUCCGAAGAGACCGGCGGAGGUCGAACAUUGUCUACACACACACACACACACACACACUCACACACUCACACAGCAGCUGACGGCGGCGGGGGGUUUGUUCCGUUCCGUUCCGUGCGUCUUCUCCGGACGCGCGCGCAGAGACAUGAACGCCGAGGUGGAUUACGGAGGCUCCGGCAGCAGCGGCAACGGGAAGCUGCGCCAGUGGCUCAUCGAGCAGGUGGACUGCGGGAACUACCCCGGGCUCGUGUGGGAGAACGACGAGAAGAGCAUCUUCAGGAUCCCGUGGAAACACGCCGGCAAGCAGGACUACAACCGGGACGAGGACGCCGCGCUCUUCAAGGCCUGGGCGCUGUUCAAGGGCAAGUUCCGGGAGGGCAUCGACAAGCCGGACCCGCCGACCUGGAAGACGCGGCUGCGCUGCGCGCUCAACAAGAGCAACGACUUCGAGGAGCUGGUGGACCGGAGCCAGCUGGACAUCUCCGACCCGUACAAGGUGUACCGCAUCAUCCCGGAGGGCGCCAAGAAGAGACCCCGACAGGAGGACAGUCCCCUGAGCCCCAUGAGCUAUCAGGUGCACCCCUACCCCCUGCAGACCCAGAUGUCACCGUACAUGGCGUCACCGGACUGCAGCUGGAGAGAUUACUGUCCGGAGCCGACCCCCCUGCCCGAGCUGCCCUUCUCCCAGUGUCCCUGUCCCCCCCGCGGCCUGUCCUGGCAGGGCCCGUCCAUGGAGAACGGAUACCAGCUGAGAGCCUCCAUCUACUCGUACGGACCGGGCGACGGUCAGACGCCGCCGUUCACGCUGGACGCCGGCAUCCGGUCGGCGGAGACACUCUCAGACUUCCGCCUGCACGUGUCCGUGUAUUUCCGGGACGCGCUGGUGAAGGAGGUGACCACCUCCAGUCCCAAGGGCUGCCACAUCACGCCCUGCCUCCCGGAGGAGAAGCUGGGCCUGCCCCCCGGGGGCCCCGACGUGGUGCCCCUGCCCCUGGAGGGCCCGGCGGCCCCGAGGGGGGCGGACGACGAGUGUCCCCCGAGCCCCCCGUCCCCCCUGGAGAGGGGCGUGCUGCUGUGGAUGGGCGCGGACGGACUGUACGCCUGCAGGCUGUGUCAGAGCCGGGUGUACUGGCAGGGCGGGCCGUCGGCGUACGGCGACAAGCCCAACAAGCUGGAGAGGGAGGUCACCUGCAAACUCCUGCACACCCAGGACUACCUGACAGAGAUCCAGAGCUACGGGCUCCACGGCCGGCCGCUGCCUCGGCUCCAGGUGCUGCUGAGCUUCGGCGACGAGUGUCUGGACCCGCAGAGACAAAGACGGACCCUCAGCGUCCAGGUGGAGCCGCUGUUCGCCAGGCAGCUCCUGUGCUACGCCCAGCAGACCGGGGGCCACUACUUCCGCGGCUACGAGCACCCGGGCGUGGCGGACCACAUGAGCGCCCUGGACGACUACCAGCGGGCCGUCACGCACCACCACCACCACCACCUCAGCAGCAGCAGCAGCGGCGGCAGCCUGCAGGAGUGAAAGGUGCAGCGGUGCGACGGUUCCAGUGACUGAACGCGCGGCGACGAAGCUUUCACACCGACGGCGGCGGCGAGGAGGAAAUCUGCGAGACGAGAGGACGAAACCAGGACAGUGUUACAACACACGGAGCGAUGGACAUUUAGUGUGUGUGUGCGUGUGUGUGUGUGUUUGUGUGUGUGUGUUUUUUACUGUAUUUUUUAUGAGGCCGUGAAUAUUUUCUAUGCUUUUCCAAACAGAACUGACAGCUCAGGUGAUUGUACUAUAAGAAAACUGUAAGUGACGUGUAUGUGCCUUAAAUAAAUACUGAUAUUUCA